AGAUGGCUAGGAUGCAAUUAGUUUUUGUUGGAGUGUUUUUUGUAUUAUCAAUUGCAAGAGUUGGUGCUUCUUGUUUUUCAACAAUUUAUAGUUUUGGUGAUUCAUUGACAGAUACAGGAAAUGCUCUCAUUUCAAAUCCUCUUGUUUAUCAUCAAAUUAACAAUCUUCCAUAUGGAGAAACAUAUUUUAGGAAACCAACAGGUCGCUCUUCCAAUGGACGUCUUGUCAUCGACUUUUUAGCUACUUCAUUAGAUUUGCCUUUCGUCCCACCAUAUCUUAAAGUGAGAAGGAUGCCGUUGUCCUCAAGAUUGUCAGGGACAAAUUUUGCAGUAGCAGGUGCUACUGCAUUGGAUCCUUCUUUCUUAAUUAGGAGAGGUGUUGUUGCUACAACAGAUUUAUCUUUAAGUGCUCAAAUAAAUUGGUUCACACAAUUGAAAAACAACACUUGCAAACAAAAUUCUGGAUGCCAAGACCAUUUUUCAAAAGCUUUAUAUUUUUUUGGUGAGAUAGGAGCCAAUGACUAUAUAGAUGCUACUAUACUUUUUAAUCCAAUGAGCGAGAUACAAAGUUAUACCUCUCACAUCUUAGAUAACAUUCAAGCAUCUCUAAAGACUCUUAUACAAGAAGGGGCUAAAAAUAUUCUUGUUCAAGGUAUUCCACCAUUAGGAUGUUCUCCAGCAAUCCUUACAUUACGACAAUUCAUCUCUGAUGACUUUGACGAAAAUGGGUGCCUAAUAUCAUACAAUCAGAUUUCUGAGAACCAAAAUUCAUUGUUGCAACGAACAAUUAGACGAUUGAACAAUAAGUAUUCAGGAGUUAAUCUUGUCUACGCAGAUUACUACCACAUUGCUUUAAAUAUUCUCAAGGGUGCAAAAAAAUAUGGUUUUGAAGAAACUUUUGAAACUUGUUGUGGAAGUGGAGGUGGAAAAUACAAUUUUAACAUUCUUAAUAUGUGUGGUAGCAAUGGUAAUGUGAAAUCAUGUAGUGAUCCAUCAAAAUCUAUGAAUUGGGAUGGAAUACAUCUGACAGAAGCUGCUUAUCAAAUUAGUGCUGCUUCUAUUUCACACUUGGUCCAAAAAAUGUGUAAAUCAAUGCAUAGUUUUUCAUGUUAGAUUAGUUUGCAUGAACACUUAUCCUCCCA